CUGUAGCUUCAUGUUUGGCUGUGCAGACAAGUACGAGAGUGGGAUCUAUGUCCUCCUCUGUCUCUUGGCGAGAAAAUCAAAUGUGAAUGUUUCCCAAAUUUCCCAGCUUUUGCUGAAAGUUUGGAUGGCAGAUUGAGGCUAAUUGACCUGCCUGUUUCGCAGUCAUAUACAGCACAGCACAGAGAAAAAGAAACACUUCGGCUCGUACCGCAGCGUCUCAGAUGCCUUCAACUUUGAGCGAGAGGGACAACCCCUAAAACCCCGGUCGUACACGAGGGACAGACACACAUACAUCUCCGUUAUCUUCCACUUUAUGAAAAGGAGGCGUCUCGGUUAAAAAAAAAAAAAAAAGGUGAGCGGAGAACUGACGGGAACCAUGGCAGCUACUUUAUCGGCGGAUGAAGAACAGGCUACCAGGCAGUUUCUGGAGGAAAUCAACAAGUGGACCAGUCAGCAUGGAGUGUCACCGCUGUCCAGGGAAUUGGCCGUCAAGUUCCUCAUGGCUCGCAAGUUUGAUGUCCUCCGAGCCAUCGAGCUCUUCCACAGCUACAGGGAAACGCGUCUUAAAGAAGGAAUCGUCAGACUUCAGCCUCAGGAAGAGCCUCUGCGCUCAGAGCUGCUCAGUGGAAAGUUUACUGUGUUGAGUGUCCGGGACCCUUCAGGGGCCUCCAUUGCCUUGUACACGGCUAAACUUCAUCACCCCAACAAGACAGGCAACCACGUGGUGCUUCAGGCCCUCUUCUACCUCCUGGAUCGGGCUGUGGAAAGCUUUGAGACCCAGAGGAAUGGCUUGGUGUUCAUCUACGACAUGGCAGGUUCCAACUACACAAACUUUGAGCUGGACCUGAGCAAGAAGAUCCUCAACUUGCUCAAGGGGGCGUUCCCUGCCAGGCUGAAGAAGGUGUUGAUUGUCGGGGCCCCCGUUUGGUUUCGAGUGCCCUACAAUCUGCUCAGCCUGCUCCUCAAGGAGAAACUUCGGGAGAGGGUUCAGAUGGUAAAAAUGACCGAGCUGCGCCAACACCUCCCCAGAGAUUGUCUCCCCCAGCACCUCGGUGGCCUGCUGCCUCUGGACGCGUACAGCUGGAACCAGCAGCUACUGGCAGGCCAGAACGGCAGAGUAGACCCCGUGGACGAGCUGGUGGGCAUCCCUUUGGAGGAUACCUCCAUUCACACACCCGGACCGGAGUCCAUGCGCCCGCAGGAGCUGCUGACACAUCUCGGCAGGCUUCAGCGCUCAGGCAUCCAUCAGGAGUACGAGGAGCUCCGCAAAGAACCACCGCCGGGAACCUUCCACUGUGCACAAGCAGCCUACAAUCAGGAGAGGAAUCGCUACGGAGACGUGCUGUGCCUUGAUCAAACAAGAGUUCGUUUGAAGCCCAGAAGGAACGAGAGAUCAGACUACAUCAAUGCAAGCUUUAUGGAUGGCUACAAACAGAAGCAUGCAUACAUUGGUACUCAAGGACCACUGGAAAAGACCUACGGUGAUUUCUGGAGAAUGGUCUGGGAACAAAACGUACUUGUUAUUGUCAUGACAACCAGGACAGACGAGGGCAGUCGGAGGAAAUGUGGACAGUAUUGGCCACUGGAGGAAGGGGGACAAGAGGUCUACGGCCACAUGGCAGUGGUGAACCAAAGGGUGGACCACCACACCCACUACAACCACACAACCCUCGAACUGCACAACACUGAGACCUGUGAACAGAGACAAGUGAGUCAUUUCCAGUACCUCAGCUGGCCCGACUAUGGCGUUCCCACCUCAGCUGUGACUCUCAUUGACUUCCUGGGAGCUGUGAAGAGACAACAGAGGAAAAUGGUGAAGGCCUUGGGACUUCAGUGGACAGGCCACCCACUGGGACCCCCGAUGGUGGUCCACUGCAGUGCAGGGAUCGGGAGAACAGGUACCUUCUGUGCCCUGGACAUCUGUCUGUCCCAGCUACAGGACGUAGGCUCACUUAAUGUGUGCCAGACGGUGCGUCGCAUGAGAACACAGAGAGCCUUCAGCAUUCAAACCCCGGACCAGUACUACUUCUGCUACAAUGCCAUUCUGGAGCACGCCCAAAGACAGGGCCUGCUCCCAUCCAAUCAGUGAGCUUCAGCCCUGACUUCCCAAACCAAUCCACGAGCCCUGACAUUUCUGCAGUCAAUCUGUUAACCCCGAGCCGUGUUGUGUGACCAAUUAGCGAAUCCAGGAAAGUAAUUUCCUCACACAAGCUGUCAUUUGAAACUAGGCCAUUCUUCACUGGCAGACCAAGACAAGGCAGUGACGAUAAAAGGCUUGAGUUUUGACAUUAUGAUGUUUCAAUGUGAUAACAUUCUGGCUGCCAACAAUGUGACGUUUUGUUUUUGCUGAACAUAUCUCGGAACACACGUGGCAGAGUGAACACACCGCUCUAGUUUUGUGAUCUGUGAUCAGGGUUGUUGGGUGAAAGGAUCGAGGUAAUGUUCAUUAACCUUUUUGUUUAUUUAUUUGCCACUUUAAACCAACGGUAUAGGGACCUUUUUAAAGGAGUAAUUCACCCCGAAAUAAAAAGUCAAUCAUUAUCCCCUUAUCUCAUAUCAGUUAAAACUCCAGUGAAGUUUUUUUUUUUUUUUUAAGACCGCAGAACAAUGAUUUUGACUUGUAAUUGCAUUCAGUCACAUUCUCCUUCAAGUCUGAAGUUAACUAACAACUGCUGUAGAAAAGUCCCAAGUUCUUGUAGGCAAAAUAAUUCAACAUUGACAUAAGUAAUUCAUGUACACGAACAAUGUUUUUGUCAGACACAUGAGAUAAGCACUAAGCUAAAUGUAAUAAUUUUGAAACGGCUAAAAUGGGACUACAGUGGGUAACGUUAUGCUUUUUAUGAACAAAUUGUAUUUAUUGGAGUUUUAAGUGACAAGCGAGAUCUAAGUUGUUGACACAAUUUUAAUUCUGGGGUGAAAUGAUCCUUUAACCAAGCACACCAUUUUUAUUCCAAAUAGGGAGCUUAAUCGCCACUCUCGAGCAACAAUAAUAGGGUCGUUUUCGCACUUCCUGUGUCCAGUAAAUAUUGCGGUCGCCACAGUGGAUUUUUAGCACACGGUUACGUAGAUGGUACGAGCUAGUUCUGCAUCGUCUCAGGAGUGUCACAUUGAACACAGGGAAGUGAAAGUGCCCCAUUUGUUGGUUUAAAAAAAACAAAACAAAAAAAAUGUAAUCGAAAGGUCUUUUGCCAAGAAGUUGUUGUAUUUCUUUGACGUUACACGAUGCAUUCUCCUCUGCCGCAGUAAAUAUCGCUGAAUGGCAGUAAGGAGGGGUAAAGCACAUCCGAAAUGAUCAGGCUGUAAACUCCCAAACGGCUGUUACAUCCCGUCUGUCAUCACUCAACUGCUGUCCACGUGAAUUCCUCCUUAGUUUGUUUUUGUUUGUUUUUUGUUUUUCUAAUGCAUCCACUGAAACCCAGAUACCUUCCAUCUCACCUGAGUAUUGAGAUUUCCUGACUUGCAGUACAGACAGUGACCAGUGUCUAUGGCCGCCUUUCGCUCACUAGCACUGCCAUCAUGCUUUGGUGAUUGUGGGAAUGUAUUGCUAAACCAUACCCACACAUGCACACACAUACACACUCAUUUAGAGCAGUCCAUGCUGCAGUGACUAAGCCAUUGAAGCGUACACCUGUGUAAGUCAUCAGUUAAGACCUCAUGAGUAGUGCAAUACUUUUUUUUUUUUAACGCAAAUCAUGUCUUAGCACUUUUAUAUAACUAUUCCCGAUGUGCUCUGAGAUUACUCAUUACAGCGAUAGGAUGGGAUGACGAAUAAAAGUUCAAAGUAAUUCUGUAGUUCUACACGUGAUUCUGGGAUAACUUGAUUUGUUAUUUUUAAAUUUAGCCAUCCUCAAAUACAAAACAUUUAUUGACAUUUUGGACUCACUGUAAACGUCUGCAUAGAGCUUUAUUGGGAAAAAUCAAGAGGAUUUUACAGGGAAACCAGAAAUUAAUGAUAGAAUAGCUGAAUAAGCAUGCACAAAUCUGUGCCUACACCCUAUAAAGUCCUUCUUGGGCACUUGAGAGUCAGAAACUUUGUCUUGAGUAUAUUUACAUUAUUAUUGUGUUUUAAGUUCUACAGACUGUGGUUGUAAUCAGUGCUUUCAUCUGGUCCCAGUGUCUUGCCAUUAUUAUAGAGUACAUGUACAAAUACUGAGUGUCUGUGUGUCAUAUGUUGCAUUAUGUUGUUGCGGGGUGAAAAAAAAAAUGUGCUCUUUACUACAGAAUUCAUAUUGAAUUUGCUUGUAGUGAAGCAUUUUUUUUAAGUCUGCCACCUUCAUGCUUUCUGAUUUUAGAAUUAUUUUUCUUUUCAAUGACGGACACAAAAUGUGCCCUAUUUUAUUUUUCUAUUGUAUUCAACGACUGUUUUCAUACAAUUACCCAGGAUUAUACAGUUAUCAACAUUAAUUUUAUAUUUGUUCUGUUAUAACCUAUUACUUUAUCAUUCGUAUGACUAUUGAAUCAAGCUAUACUGUAAUAAAUACAAACCGUUUCAACGUGUACGUUUGUUAAGG